AUACAUCAUGUUCUGAAAUGAAGUGCCGUAGCACAUUUUACUGCGACCGUUAAAGUAGUGCGUGUACAAAUUUAUGAAAUCAAAUAUAUGCUCACUUUAUUUACAGAUGUGAAUUAAUAAUAAAGCUUAAACAUUUAUUUCAAUUAUUUUGACAGACUGGCAAUAAGAACACUCUUCUAUCCAGUAGUUUAGUAAAUAGGGUUAUGCCCUCAGAACCGGUGUAAACAAAUGCACGUUGCCUGUCAACGAGUUGUAUUUUACUGUGUUGACUGUGUUCAGUGAUUGUGUUGUAAUAUCUUGUUUUUAUAGUGCUAUUAAUAUAAACAAGAAGAAGAGAAAGAAGACUUUUUUGUGUGCAUGGUGAUCUGUGAUAGUGAUUGUUUAGAGUGUAUGUACUCUAAGAUAGAAGAGAGAAGAAGAGGGAAAAGAAGAAAAUCAUCCCACAAUGGCUCAGCUUUUGUGUGAGCCGAUGAAACGAGCCAUCGCAUCCGCAGUAACGAAUCUGCGGAUAGCUAUAUCCACUGGAGCUGCUGUCAUCGAAGACCAACCUCUGGAAUUUAUAGCUAAACUGUUUCGCUUACACGUCAACACAGUAAGGCAAUAUUCCACCUAUCUUUCUGCAGAGCCAUCUGCGAACAAGGUAAAAAGGGGACAACGGGCGGUUCCUAAUGUAUCACUAUCCACUGUUGAUACUUCAACUAGGAUGGAAAUACGGAAUAUUUUAUAUGACAUGCGCCGCAAGGGAUGUCAUAUAACACUGGCGACUCUGCUCAAAGAAAUCCGAACUCGUGGUACAACUUUUGAGGGAGGAAGAUCCAGCCUACAUAAGCUUGUGCGCGAGCUUGGAUUUCGAUACCAACUGGAUGAUGGUCGAAGAGUAUUGAAGAUGAAUGCUGAUGUCAUCCAAAAGAAGAGGAACUUCAAAAGGGAGUAUAUGGCCGAUGAAAACUCAUUGUCGCCAUCACAAGUUGUGUUUUGAGAUGAGACAUGGAUCUUCCAGAAAGGUUCAUGCUCUAAGGCAUGGGUCGAUGACCAAGCAGCUUCCUCUGUGCAUAAGAGCACUACACAGGGGAAACGCUUCAUCAUCCUUCAUACAGGCACUAGUUUUGGGUUUGUGAACAAUACAGAUUUGUUAUUUGUUGCAGGUUCAAACACAGGCGAUUACCACGAGCAAAUGAACGCUCAUAAUUUUGAGAAGUGGUUGAUGGAGCAGCUGCUUCCAAAUUUGGGCGAGCCCUCCAUUGUGGCACUGGAUAAUGCACCGUACCACAGUGCUGUUGCAGAAAAACAGCCUGCAACGUCGUGGAAAGAACACGAAUAUCAGGAUUUUCUUGAAAAACGAAACGUGCCUAUUCCUCCGAAUGCGACACGAGCCGUUCUGCGGCAGCUAGCAGUUACACAGAGAGAGAGAAAAAAAGAUAUAGAAAACUACGGAGCGGAAUACCUGG